UUUUUUUUUCAUUAUACUUUUUGUAUAUAAAAUGCCUGUACGCAUUGCAGCAGAAAGUAACACAAAUGCUAGUAGUGAACCUUUAUUACGGCUAGGAGAUGAAUUAUUUUUCUUUGACGAAAAUAAUAAUGUUUUAACAGCUGAAAAUCCUCUCCAAACUAACGUUUGCGUUAGAUCAAAUCAUCCUUCUUUUCUUUCGUCUACUGAUGCUUUAGGAGCAAGUAUUUUUAGGAUAGAACCUCAACAAGCACAUUCAGCUCAAAAGGAACUGAAGGCAUUCAUCGGUGAUGACGAUGUUGAAAGUUUUACAUGUGAGGCUACGAUUGAGGAACUGGAACAGUUUAAAUUAUUGCGACAAAAGGCUACUAAAGAGAUAGCACAAAAUGAAGCCGAGAAACGUCGACUAUUAGGGAAACCGAUUUUAUACGGUCAAGUCAUUCAGCUCUAUAAUCGUCACUUUAAAAAAUAUUUGACAGUAACAGGCAAAACGGGCUAUAAGAAUAAACAAAACAGAUUACAAGUAAACUUGUCAAGUGAAUUUGUAGGAUAUUUUCGAAUCAUGCCUCGCUAUCGAAUUCGGUUUGUAGGCGAUGUUAUUAGAAUAGGUGAAACGAUUGCAUUACAAUGUGUUCGUCCGGAAGGCUAUCUUAAUGUAGAUUACACUAAUAAUCAUAAUAAUAAUAGUAUGAGUCUCGAAGUUUAUUCUCACACACGCAUUUCUUCUUGGACUAUAAGACUUCAUUACUCACCAGCUUCUAACCAUGACACUAAACAUGUUAAAUAUACUAAUUCUGGCCAAUAUGUUCGAUUCUAUCAUAAAGAAAUGGAAUCUUAUUUAGAGGCUUCUUUGUUAAACGGAAACGAUAUAGUGAUAUUAAAAAAGCACAUUAUUAAUCCUUUGGAUCCAAAGGAAACAGACUCUCCACAAGCAUUUUGGGAGAUUGAAAACGUGGAUGUAACAAGAGGCUCAAGAAUUAGAUGGGAAAAGUCAAUUCGUAUUCGUCAUGUGGCAACACGAGCUUAUUUAGCUAUAGAAUCUAGUAGUGUCCAGAUUGAUGUAGCCACUGGGAAAACAACAUUUACUCUUAAACUAGUGAAAAAUCCAUCUCAACCUAUGGAUUUGAGUCAAGAUGAUACUCUAUUCCAGCUUGUUCCUAUAUCAGCUCCUUCUGUAUCAGGUAUCCCUUAUGGAUCUUUUGUACGUAUUAAACAUCUCAUGACUGGCUGUUGGAUACAUGCUACCAAUAGUGAGCAGAUCAAAAGUAGUGCAUCUACCUUUUGUACACCUAGUUUUAAUUUCUCUUCUCCCAUUGUUACAUCAUUCCCCCACAAUGACUUAUUACCUGCUAAUACCAAGAACCAUAUGUUGACUGUUUCUGCAGUCCAACGUUUUAAAAAGCGUGAGGGAUAUUCCUCUAUGAGCCCCUUAUCGUUAAACAUCAUGACCAAUGAUCAAGAAAAUUCUGAUCACCCUGACCUGGUAACGGCCAAUCAUCAUAAUUUAAAUUAUGAUGCUACACUAUAUGGUAUCACUGCGACUCAAGAUUUUCAUUAUCAUGAUUGCUUUUCAAUUACACUUGUAGAUGAGGAAUUGGCAAAUACGUUUAAUUUUGCUAAUGAGAUGAUACCACAACUUCAACUCUAUCUAUGUCAAGACAGACCCUUUAUAAAUGAAACGAGUGUAUGCUAUCCAUUCUACGACGAAGAGUAUGAAUGGAUUACAGAUAUAUUAAAGGCGCUUAUUCGCUUUUGUACUAAAAGUAAUGAAACAGACAUAUUCAAGCGUGUUGGAUUACCCAUUGAAUAUCAUCAGACACUACUUCGAGAUAUUGGUAUCAUCGAUUUGGUUAUUGACAUGAUUAUAGUGCCCUUUGAUUUGGAUAAACGGAAAACGGUGCGCGAUAAGCUUCGCAGCUAUCAUCCUCAUUUUCAACAAAACAAACUAUUAAAUUCUAGUAGCAAAAGCAAGAUGAAGGAAAAGGAAGUAACCAAGUCAGAGUUAUUAUUGAACACCAAGCUACGAAAUGUAUUAGCAUUAUGUUAUAACUUACUACGUGUCUUUUUAAUUCAAAAAUCAACAUAUGAAAUGACUCAUGAUGAUAGCAUCAUACAUGAAUCAGGGAAAUUAAAUCAAUUGCACAUUUUUAAUAAAGCCGGAGAGAGAGGAAUAGCUUUGUUUUUAGAACAUCUUUCAUAUAAUAUCGGAGCUACAGAUAUGAUGAUCAAGCUACUAGAACUCACAGCAGAACAAAACAACUUGAUAACUAUACCCAUUGUGGAAAAUAUAAUAGAAAACGCUUUACUACGAACAGAAGAAGUCGUGAAUGGGUUGAAAAAUGAUCUUUUUAUACCAGAGUUGCAGCAACAAACAGCCUAUAUACAGCUUUUAAGUGUUAUAUGUCAAAAGGCACUAUUAUCUCCAGUUCUAAUCAAGACAUCAAAGGAUUCUAAAUCUUUGGUUGGUAUAUAUCGUGAUACUGUCACCAGAAAAUUGUUUAAUAGCAAAGAUAAUAGCUGUUUAUUCAUGACUCGAUUAGUGGAACAACAACAAAAAAAUGUAGAAGUAAAGUUGAUAAAUGAUGAAUGGCGUGAUCUUGAUACACUUUUAAUAAAGCAGCCAAAUAUACUGUUUUUCAUAGAAUGUGUAAUUGAUUUAGUUUAUUCUCUUUCAAAUGAAGCGCAUGCAAAAGUGAACGAAUUUUUCAGACGUUGUUUUACUAAAGAAGUAUGCUUUAAAUGUAUAAAAAAUAAAAAAAUUCCAUCUACUUUAAGAUCAAAGUUUUGCGAUUUAUUAAGAGUGUUGUAUAUUAAUAUUCAUCAUUUCAAAAAAGUUGCUUUAUCUGAUUUUACAAUUUAUACAAAAGCAAUUACAACUAAUAAUCCAACAGAUUUUCAUCUUUUCAGUUCAAAUGAGAUUGAAUCUGAUUUCUUUCAAAGCCUAAAAAAUUGGACACUUAGAUUCCUCAGUACAAUGGAAAUUGAAUUUACUGAUAAGAUACAUGAAAUACAACUCUUAUCUUCAAUAUUAGCAUUAGUUCAUACUCAAUUACUUCAUGGGUUCUUCCAAAGAAGCAGAGAUAUAGCUAUUUUGUUUAGAACGCUUGUCCGUAUUUUAGAUGGACGCACAGAUGCAAGAAAUGAAGAACAUCAUAAAUACCUAACUAGCAAGGAAAUACGAAAAGAAUGGCAUGAAAGAUACACUUUGACAGAAAAAAAUCAGCAUGUUAUGAAUACUAAAAUUCAGAUUUUACGUAUUUUUAAUCUAAUUUUUGAUUUGAGACUUCGCGUUCGAAUGUUGAAAUUGGGAAGUAUAUGGAAAGAAAUUACGGAAAAUCCCUUUUCUGACUAUCAUACUUCACCUAAUGCUUCUGGAUUAUCAUGUAUGCUUUCUGUUUUUGAGGAAACUGGGCCACGUGACCGAGAAGAAAGCUUGAUGCCUAUCUUGAAGGAUAUUUUAAAAUACGAGUAUGCUCCACUUAAAGAAAUUGCUAUUAUUGUCAUGCAUCGGUUAUUCACUGAAAGCCAAGAACUUUUUGAAAAAUUAACCAGUGUAGUUGUGUUGAGUAACCCGGAUCAACUUGAAGUAUAUCAUUCUAUAGAGGAUCAAGUCCUAUUACUCCAAGCCUUAGCUUACGCUGACAAUUUUGAUGACGAACAAUCUAUGAAAUAUUGUGAAGAAAUAAGAGACAUCAUUUCUACAUUACAGUUCCUACUAAAAGUACCCCUGAAUGAGGAUGGAAAGACUACAAAAUAUGAUAGCAGUAUCUAUUGUCGUAUCUUUAAAAGCAUGAAUGCAUGCGAUUUAUUGAUUGUUAUACUUAAAUUCCUUAUGAACAUUCUUCCUUCAAAGCAUUAUACUAUAUUUAUUGAUACCAUGAAUAUCUGUUUACAACUUUUACAUACCGUCACUAAAUAUGAUAAGGAAUUUCAAAGCCAAUUCGUACUCUCUAAUAUGGAUCUGUUAAUCAGUGUAACAGAGCUUUCACCCAAGCUUGCUAUUACCUUUGCCCAACUCUGUUCUAAUAACCUUCAACUUAGUAGUCAUGUCAAGGAGGGACACAUUAUUCGGAUAAUCGAAUUAUCAAGGAAACAUCAAGGGGAGUAUUUACUUGUUCUUCAUGAUUUCUUAAAGACUCAAGGCAUGUUUAUAAAAAAUAAUCAAGAUAUCGUGAUGCGCUUUAUUAUGGAUCAUCGACAGGAGUACGUACCCUUUGACAGUGUAACGAGAUUAAAAGCGAUGCAUAAAUCCAGCUAUUGCAUUAACUUGAUAAGUAUCUUGGCUAUUUGUGGACAAGGAGAAAAUACAUUUGGACAGUCAUUUGCGCGCACUAUCUUUUCUAUUCAAGAUAUUUAUAAUGUUGUUCAUGAUGAGCAUAUAUGCAUAGGAUUGAAAUCAGUUAUGCUUAAAUUUCUUGCAUCUAUUUAUAUUGAAGAUAUUGAAUUGACUUUAGAGGACCCUAUUCAUGACAAUGAAAACAUUUUACAACUGAUCACCAUCUCUGAGGAAGCUAUAUCCAAAUGCCUUGAUUCUUCGAUAAUAAAGCAUGAUAUGGAUUUUUACAACUAUGUAUUCCGUGGUGUUCUCGCAUUUUUACGAGGUGUCUUUGAUUUUCAUAUCUCCGUAGAGGUGGCAGCAAACGAAAUACCUCGUUAUUCAAGACUCGUUGAUAACAUAGUCAAACUUUUGCCAUUUGCUUAUGAUGACGAAAAGGCCCUUCAAGUAGCAUUAGCAUGUUUAGAUAGUAUGAUUAAUGUUGCUGGCUUUAGAGGUUAUAUGAACCCCGUAAAACUAUAUGACACUUUAAAGGAAGCAGCAGCAAAAUUGGAUACACUCUAUGUACGUAAUUAUCACUAUCAUCAUGAAAAUCACACGACAACUUGUACUUCAUCCAACGAUGGCUUGUUGGCACCUAUACAAGAUCCUAUCAAUGCCAGUUUUCAAGACCUAUUUAAUAACAUAAAAUCAAGCUCUGCAGUAGAGCAGUAUCAACAGCAAGAAUUUAAAACAUUAUGUGCCCAUUUCCACUUGUCACAAGGCAAUGACGAUAAGAAUGAAAAUGUAAAAUCACUUAUAUCCUAUCUUUCAACAAUGACGACAACUAAAAUUGAUAAAGGUGUUGAGCACUAUCAGGUGGCCACGAUUAAUUUGUUAGAGGAAAUAGCUAGAAAAUAUAUUCGAGCAGUAUCACGAGUCGAUCCUAACAGCAAUCCCAGUCUCUUUGAGAAAUUAGAAAAUAAAAAAAUGAUGGCACAAAAUACGUUGAAUGAUUUGGGUAGUACUCUUAUUGCUCAAAAUCUAUUAUCUUCACCGCGUAGACGCAUAUUUGAUGCAGCUUUAAAAUUAUUAAUAGCAUUACUCGAUGGUGGAAACAAAAAUGUGCAGGAUAAACUAGAAGAAUACUUUUAUAGUAUUCGAGAAGAAAGAUUUUUUUAUUCAUUUCAUCAGCGUUUACAAAGUGGUAUCAAUUCUUCUAAAGAUUCACAGAUUUAUCUAACAAGAAGAAUGUAUAAGAUGGAUCGUCAACAACAACACAUGUUGGAUCAUGUUGGUCAACAGCAGCAAGAAUCUGUAACGUCUAUAGCACACAAAAGAAGUAACUCUAUUGGGUUUGUAGAUACUUUCAGUUAUAAUCACAUUGGUACUAAAAGGAACAGCCAUCAUUUAAAAACCCGAAAAAGAGCAUCAAGUACUUUAAAGAGUCAAUAUCAAUUACAGGCUCUAUCAAAGGAGACAAAUGAAGUCUAUCAAGAAAUUUCUCACUUAAUGUUGACAAAGAUUGAAACGGUACCCGAAUUAGGUUCGACUAUGAAAGACUACAAAGUAAUGCAAGAUACAAUGAGGACAUUACAACUCAUGGUCGAAGGACAUAAUUUACAUUUGCAAACUUAUUUGGCUAAACAACCUGAUAACAUCAAAAGCUUUAACAUUGUAUUGGAUGUAGUAGAAUAUUUCCAUGCAAUUGUGCCUUUAUGUAAUCAGAGAAAUAUAGAAUUAAUCAUACAAGUAUUAGAUACAAUAACUGAAUUAGCACAGGGCUGCUUGAAAAAUCAAGUAACGAUUUUCAAUAACAAGAUUAUCAAUCCAAUGAAUAUAAUCUUAAAAGAAAACUACAAUGAUUGUGAUCCAGUAAAAGUCAAUGAGCUGAAAUCUAAAGUAUUAACAUGCUUACUUAGUUUAUUGGAAGGUGGAAUUGAAAAUAGUGAGACUAUUUUUAAGGAAAUGGUCGAUUCACUUGAUUUAGUAGUUAUCCGAGAUAAUAUGGAAACGAUAUACAAGGAAAACUUGGGGAACUUGAAAUCUAAAAAUCUUAAUGAAAGAUUAGAAUGUGGUUUCCUGUAUUGUAUUUUAAUCAUGACUCUAGCUCCAGCUUUACAUCACGAACAGGAUGCGUUAUUAUUUGAAAAUAAUGAAGCGUUCAAUUACUUCCAAAGCCAUACUGGAAAGAUUGAGAUUAUUAUGGAUUAUGGACAAAAGAAGCAACUUACUCGUGUCUUAUUUAGAAUUCCUGAAAUCUGUCAAUAUUUAAGAGAAGAAACUAAACAGAGGUUCUUAUGGACAGUCAAACGAGAGUCCCCGUCAAGUAAAAUAGAGGAUUUUGUACAACAAUCAGGAAUGAUAAUUUACGAAAUUGAAAACCAGGCUCAUGUUGCACAUAGUAAAUACUUGUCAUUCUUGACUGAAUACAGUUCAUUUUGGUGGGAGUCAGCUUAUGGCGUGACAAUUUUGUUAAAUAUGUUACUUAUGAUGUAUCCUGCUUUAUUGGAUCUAAGCAUUCAUAAUAAUAGUAACCAUCCUUCCCUUAUGGUUAUCACAUGUUGGUAUCUUUUAGGAUUUGUACAUAUUGGAUUAUGGUUAUUAUUAACAGCAGAAUUUUAUUUUAUUCAACUACCUAUCUUAAUCAAUCGACAUCAUGGAUCUACAACCUUCUUCUGGGCUACUCUAUCUGAGAGUCGAUUCCUAUAUCAUGUUCUUAUGGUUACUUUCUCUGCUAUAGGAUUUAUCUAUCCAAGCUUCUAUUCCAUUCACUUACUUGAUUUUGUUUUUAGAGAUAGUAUCCUUCAAGGAGUUAUAUCGAGUAUUACAUUGAAUAUUCACUCCAUUUCUCGUACAGCCCUUUUAGGUAUUAUUGUUGUGUAUAUUCACAGUAUUAUAGCAUACAUGUAUUUUCGUAAGCAAUUUGAUGAUACAAAAGGUCUAUUUUGUGGAUCUCUUGUGGAAUGUUUUAUCACUGUUUUAUCUCAUGGUGUUAGAUCUGGUGGUGGUAUUGGUGAUAUUUUAGAGCCAAGUGAACUUCAUAAACCUAGUGGCUGGAGAACAGUAUUUGAAAUGUCAUUUUAUUUAGUUGUAGUCGUAUUUUUACUAAAUGCUAUCUUUGGUAUUAUUUUUGAUACGUUCGGUCAUCUUCGUGAUGAAAGAUCAUCUAUUCAACAAGAUAUGAAGAAUUCUUGUUUCAUUUGUAGUAUUCCUGCAGUGGAAUUUCAACGUCAUGCAAAGAAAGGAUUUGAAGAGCAUGUUAAGAAUGAUCAUAAUAUUUGGCAAUAUUUGUUUUUCUUGGUUCAUCUUAAAUACAAAGAUAGAACUGAAUAUACUGGACCUGAAUCCUAUGUAGCAACAUGCUUAAAAAAUGCAGACUAUAACUUCUUUCCCAUUAACAGAGCAUUAGGAUUAUCUAAUGUUGAACAAGAUGACAAAGAGAAAUUGGAUAAAUUAGAAAAACUCAAUCAUUUAUUGUUGGAUAAACUUGCCAAAUUAGAAGAGCGUAUAACCAAAAUAACUGAUCAUCAAGCUCCAUCCAGAAAAAAUAGUCUAUUAUUAUCACCUAUGUAAGUUAAUUUCUCCUUAUAAGCUUACAAUAGAAUAAAUAAAGAAACCGUCAAAUAUGCAAAGUAACUACUUUUAAUUUUUUUUUCCUUUCUCCUUUAUUUUAUUUGUUUAAAACUAUCUGUCGUAGUACAUAA